AAACAUUUGAAUGAAAUUAACAAGAAAAUUUCAAACAUUCAGGAUGAAAUCAAAUCAUCAAUAUCUAUGAUAGACACUUACGACAUGUCAAAACUAUUUUAUGUUACAUCAAAUGCACAUAUAUACAGAAAACUUCCAGAAAAACUUCUACCAUCUUUACCCAAAUUCUUUCCAGGAAAAAUUCUAGGAGAAAAUUUUGGAGCCUUAACGUCCAGUUCUCUAGUAUCAGAUGAACAUGGUUACAGCAUGAAGACAACACAGAUAUCACCAGAAGCUGGAUCCUCUCCUCCAGUCAAACAACUGCUUGAUAAACCUCAGACUAUCAUAAACAUACGUACUGGGUAUGUACAUCCUUUCAGUGUGGCCUGUCUGAAUGAUGAAAAUAUCUGGGGUAGUGGAACUGGCAAUCUUAUUAAGCUCUUCAGCACCCACAAUCCUGAUUACCCACAACUUAAAUCAAUCUGUACUAGAUCGAGGAACACGCCAUCUGACAUAACAGUGACCAAAAGUGGAGAUCUAGUCUAUUCUGAUUUCAUUAAUAAUACUGUGAACAUUGUGAAGAAUGAGAAGAUAGAGGAGGUGAUCAGACUAGAAAACUGGAGUCCUCAAGGUAUCUGUAGUACCUGCUGUGGUGACCUCCUAGUUACCAUGUUCAGUAAUGAUGGCAAACAAACAAAGGUUGUUCGAUACUCUGGCUCCACAAAGAAACAAACCUUUCAGUUUGACGAUAAAGGUAAACCUCUCUAUUCAUCAGGUAGGUGUGACCGAUUUAUAACUGAGAACAGGAACCUGGAUGUCUGUGUGUCUGACAGUGAUGCUGAAGCAGUAGUGGUGGUCAAUCAGGCCGGGAAACUGAGAUUCAGGUACACUGGACAUGCUCGUCCUACCUCUUUAAUUUGUGAACCUAUCAGUUUACAAGGAAUCACCACAGACAGUCAGAGUCAUAUCCUUACAGCUGAUUAUAACAAUCACUGUGUCCACAUCAUAGACCAGGAUGGACAGUUUCUCCGUUACAUAGACUGUGUAAGUUAUCCCUGGGGACUGUGUACAGAUACAAAUGACAAUCUGUUUGUUGUUCAAUGGGGAAGGCGAGAUGUGAAGAAAAUCAAAUAUCUGCAAUGAAAUGAGCACUUGUUGUGUUGCAUUCUUUGUAAUUAGCGGUCUAUAUACAUAUGUAUACAAUAUCACUAUAAAAUAUCAAUAUGCUGAAGUAUU